AUGGACGGCACGGGCGACACGGAUGGCCACCACAUGCCUGGCCUCAAGAGUGCCACGAGUGGUGUGCCGGCGGAACACCUCCUGACCCACCGGUUGAUGGAGUUAUCCGAUCGACUCAAACACUCGCAGAUGUUGUCUACCGAUCGCAAGAGAGAUAUAUCGGCCCUCAAGAGGGAUAUCAAUGAUCUCCGAGAGACCAUCAAAUUGUCGCUCAUCCACACCAUCGGCUCAGACACUGAUAGGAAAGCCAUCAAUGAAUCCCAUGUCCGCCAACUCAUCCACAGUCUUGAGGGCACAGGUCGCACUUCUGGUUCUUCAGACGUCUUGCAAUUGCCAUCCAUUCACCACUUUUUGCCUCAUUUGCUGUCGUCGAGCGACUCAUUAAAGCCAGCCUUUCGUAUAUCGAAGAACGAGAGGAGUUCUGUGACUAUGGUUUUCGGUGUCCCGACCGUCAAACGCGAUGUCGAGUCCUAUUUGGUGUCAACUCUUCACAAUCUCAUCGAUAAUAUGUCUGUUGACGAGCGAUUGGAAGCAAUUAUUGUGGUGUUUAUCGCAGAGACUGAUUUAGAUUACGUGACAAAGACUGCCAAUGAAUUGGAGUCACAAUUUGGUGAACACAUAGACUCGGGUUUACUGGAGGCGAUCCCAUCGAUAGAGUCCGCUGGAGGUCCAAACAAAACCUCGAUUUUUAACAACUUCUUGGCGUCAGUCGACCAAAUCGACGACACAGUGACGGACAAAGCGGAUGACAGCCACGCGCGCACGUGUUGUGGUUACGCCACUUGGUUUGAGUGCACCAACAAAUUGAUUAAAGAGCAGUGCGGGGAGAAUGCCAUCAAAAACUACAAGAAGUUUAUGGGCGGAGUCAUGGGAACGCUGACCGACAUGGCCUGUCCGGCCGACCUGUUCCCGGCCGAGUCAGACCAGUGCCAGAAACUGAAGCCCGCGCCCGGCACUAAACCCAAGGGCAAGGUUGGCGACAACGCCCUCACCAAAUAUGUCACAUCCAUGUUCUCCUUCCUCUUCAUCACUGAAUAG